AUCGCGGGCGGCUGGCCAGCCCAUCCCGCCCAAGCAAGCGAACCCCCGCAAGGCUGCGAUCCAAAAGACAUCCCACCUCAAUCUGCCAUAUCCCCCCCAAAGCAAGGAGUUUCCGCCUGGCGCGUGCAGCCCACGAUGCCGGCCUACAACUCCGUCUUCAACACGGCCGAGCCGGCGCCGCGGCUGAUCGGCAACUUCCCGCUGUUCCCGCUGCGCACGAAGGUGCGCGGGCCCGUGUACGCGCUGCCGUUCCCGGACCCGCCGCUGGCGGCGCACGAGUCGCCGGACCCGAGCUCGGAGAGCUACGACGUGCUGGACGAGGUGCUCGCGCUGUUCCGCGCCAACACCUUCUUCCGCAACUUUGAGAUCCACGGCCCCGCCGACCGCCUGCUCGUCUACGGCAUCUGGUUCGUCUCGGACUGCCUGGCCAAGAUCCGCCCUGGCGCCAGCUUGCGCGAGGCCACCAAGGAUGUCAUGAACCUGGCGCUGGACCUGAACUUUGCCAUUCCGGGCGACCCGGCGUGGCCUUUGAAUCAGAUGUACGAACCUCCGCGAGACAGGCAAGAAGCAGAGGUGCUCCGGCAGUACAUGUCCCAGGUCAGGCAAGAACUGGCGACGAGGUUAUUGGCGAGGGUAUACGACGAGGGUGACGCGAAGCCGAGCAAGUGGUGGUUGAGCUUCACAAAGAGAAAGUUUAUGGGCAAGGGGCUAUGAGUGGCGGCGAGCCUUUAGGAGCAAAGAUGCCUCCUCCACAUGAUAGACAGCGCCAGGCAGGUAGCAAGCACGAAGGCCCAAAAAAAAAAAAAAAAAAAAAACACUGUGAACA